CUGGUCGCUCUCUCGCUCUGCCUGCAAUGUGUCUCGGCGAUCAAGUUCGAGGUGCCAGCAUCCCACGAGCCGUACGAGAAGUGCGUGUGGAACUACGCACUGGCUAACACGUUGGUCGUGAUAACCGUCAACAUCUCGCCGAUGGGCAGCAACUCGGACAAGCAGGCGAUGGAUGUGCAGAUCGUCGAUGGAAGCAAGCACAAAAAUGUUUACCUCAACAAGAAGAAGGUCGAGGGCGAGACGAGGAUGGCUAUCAACACCCACAGCAACGCCGACCUCGGUGUGUGCUUCAAGAACCACCUGAGCAAGAGCGUGAGCUCACGAGGUACCCAUUCAUAUCAUGCUGUUGUCGACCUCGAUGUCGACAUUGGCGCCGAUGCUGUCGACUACAAUGCCAUCGCCAACCAGGAGUCACUGUCUGGCCUCGAAACCGAGCUAAGAAAGCUGGAAGCGGUUGCGGAUGAGGUUCUCAACGAGAUGGACUAUCUCAAGAAGCGGGAAGCACGGAUGCGAGACACAAAUGAAUCCACCAACGAACGGGUCGCAAAGUUCGGCUGGCUGACGAUUGUGGGAUUGCUAGCCCUCGGGAUAUGGCAGAUCGUUCACUUGCGGGGCUUUUUCAAGCGCAAAUACCUCAUCGAUUGA